GUACAGAGACAUACCUCAUUAAGUUGAAGGCCUCUGACACACUGGCCACUCUGCGCUCCUACCUACGAUCGUAUCGCGGGGACCACGAGGAGUUCGAUAUUGUCAGAACCUAUCCCUACCAGGUGUUAGAUCAAGGAGGAGCCACCAUGGCCGAGCUGGGUCUUACUCCAAAUGCCGCCUUGCACCUCAAGCCUGCUUCCAGACCUCACCCACCAGAGUCCCUCUCCCUCCAGACCAAUACAGCUCCAACUGCUGUCUCUAUUACCUCAGCUAUGGCUAACAGUCAUACCUACAACGUGAGUACUCUGGUGAGUGCAGCGGCAGGAAUCCAGACGUCUUCGACCACAACUUUUACAGCACCAGUCUCCCGCCGGGUACCCUCGCCUGCCCUACCACAAAUACCCCCUAACCUGCACCCAGACCUGCCUCCGCCACCCGUGCCCAUCCUCUGCUUUCCUGACUCACAGGACACUACCUCCGACAGAGAGUCAUAACGUUUCAUGAAAUCAUGGUAAACUUUCCUUAUGGAAAAUUUUGUACUGCUGCAAUGUGGUACAUCAAAUUGUAUUAAUAUUAUAAACCUGUUGAAUGUACUAGAAAAAACAUCAAAGGCUAGAGCAGUUUG